CUGAGGUAUCUGACACAUUUCACUGUUUUAUUUCUCAAAGAUAUUUUUCCCUCAGGCGAUGGCAUUGGGCCGGAAAUCUCGUCUUCAGUGCAGAAAAUAUUUGAAGCGGCAAAAGCACCAAUAGAGUGGGAUGCUGUCGAUGUGACACCGAUCAAAGGACGCGACGGAUUAUUCCAUAUUCCUCCGAGAUGUAUCGAACUUAUGCAUGCCAACAGAAUUGGCCUGAAGGGUCCUCUUGCGACACCGAUUGGCAAAGGUCACAGGUCACUGAACCUCGCUGUCAGGAAAGAAUUCAAGCUUUUUGCAAAUGUGCGACCCUGUCGAUCGCUGGCAGGUCACAAAACGCUUUACGAUAAUGUCGAUAUUGUAACCAUCCGAGAGAAUACCGAAGGCGAAUAUUCGGGCAUCGAGCAUGAGAUUGUGAGCGGUGUUGUGCAAAGUAUCAAGCUGAUCACUGAGGAAGCAUCGCGACGCAUUGCCAAAUAUGCCUUCGACUAUGCGCAGCGAAACGGCCGUGCCGAGGUCACUGCAGUACAUAAAGCGAACAUAAUGCGCAAGUCGGAUGGGCUCUUUCUCAGUAUGUGUCGCGAACAGGCCGCGAAUUAUCCGGAUAUAAGAUUCAAAGAGGCAUAUUUGGACACAGUUUGCUUGAAUGUUCAUCUGUGCGCCGGGCUAGUUGGUGGGCUUGGAGUAACGCCGUCUGGGAAUAUUGGCGAGAACGCAGCGGUAUUCGAGUCUGUUCACGGUACUGCACCUGAUAUCGCAGGACAGGUAGGUUUCUGUAGUUAAAA